AUGGAUUUACGAGUGGGAUACAAUUAUCGACUAGGUAGGAAAAUAGGAGGCGGUGCAUUUGGCGACAUUUACAUCGGUACGGACAUUUCUUCUUGUGAGGAAGUGGCCAUCAAAUUGGAGUCAGUAACAUCGAAAAACCCGCAACUGGGUUUUGAGUAUAAAGUAUAUCGACUCUUAAAGGGAGGAAUUGGUAUUCCAAGCGUGUACUAUUACGGAGUGGAAGGAACUUUUAAUGUGAUGGUAAUGGAGCUUCUUGGGCCGAGUUUGGAGGACUUGUUCAACUAUUGUAACCGACGAUUCACACUGAAAACAGUUUGCAUGUUAGCUCAGGAAAUGCUACUCCGAAUCGAGUUUCUGCACUCCAAGUUGUUUAUUCACCGCGACAUGAAGCCUGACAAUUUUGUGAUUGGUUUGGGGAAGAAAGCAAACAUCAUCCACCUCAUCGACUUUGGCUUGAGUAAACGGUACCGAAACCCCAUCACCAAAGCUCACAUUCCCUAUCGCGAGAACAAAAGUCUGACAGGAACGCCUCGCUACGCCUCGCUGGGCAAUCAUUUAGGCAUGGAGCAAAGUCGCCGCGACGAUUUGGAAUCGCUCGGCUACAUCUUCCUCUACUUCCUCAAAGGUAAACUCCCCUGGCAAGGCCUUCGCGCCGAAACCAAAAAGGAAAAAUACUCCAAAAUCAUGGAGCUCAAAGUCCAACUCUCCGUCGCCGAUCUCUGCGAAGGCUAUCCCGACGAGCUCAAAGUGUACCUGGAAUACUGUCGCGCGCUGCGCUUCGACGACUGUCCCGACUACGCGUAUCUUCGCCGCCUGUUCCAAGACCUCAUGAAGCGGAAACAAAUCCCCAACGACGGCGUGUAUGAUUGGAUGGACGAAUCGCUGGCGCACAAUCCCGCGGUUCUCCCGAAGCACUGCAUCGACAGUUCGGGGCAUCUGCGACGCGAUCUGCUGCGUCCCGCGCCGCUGAGCUACCGCGUAAAUCGAUUGGUGGCGGGUGAAUGCGAGGCGUGGCGAUGAGAAAUAGACGCGGAGGAGGCGAGCGGAGCGGUAGGGAAGCUGACGCCGUCGAGUUCGGCGCAUUCGUGGGGAGUGGAGAGGCGUGGUGAGUAGAAUGAGGCGUGCGGAGGAGGAAGGAAGAGAAGCGGAGAAGACGAGCGGAGGCGAAGAGGAGAAAAAACGCGAGGCGAGGAGUGGAGUGUUUGGAGAGAAUGCGAAGACGGAGAUGGAGGGGAAGGAAAAGAACGUGGGGACGAGUUCCGGUCCUUUGGAUGCGGGCAAUGCGGGCAAUGCGAUGAAGGGAGAAGAGGCGGGGAAGGCGGGGAAGGCUCCCGAUGGAACCGUGCAGAACAAGGCGGGCGGAGCACGAAUGGGAACGUUUCGACGCCUGUGGCAUUUUUAGUCAAUUCGUAGCUGGAUCUUUU